AAUAAUAAAAUGCGCGUGUGAAAGUUGUGUUGUGAGUGGAGAGAGAAACACUAUGUAUUUGGUACAAUUUCUCUUUCUCUAGACAAACAUCUUUUGUUUAUGUUUCAAACCUCAACCACCGGUUCGGUCGUUUCUCUUUGGAGUAAAGAUGCUUCGCAAACGCACAUAGGGGCCUAAUAUUUUAAAUUCGAACAUGACAUCAAAAAACAUUAAGACGGCUCUGAGGCGGAGAAAUAGUAACAAUUUACAAGGCAAGGAAUUAUUAGAAAGAAAAGAAAGCAGAAGGGAAACUCAGGUGAUGAAAUUGGAAGAGGAAUUUCAGCCCAAGUUCCACACCACUACUUUCAGUUUUUUGCCUCACUUAUACACUUCAACCUCUCACAUAAUCAUCGCAUUUUGGAGAUGGUUCAAUUGUAAAAGAUGAGUUUAAUAUCACAGAAAGCUCGUCCUAAAAAUGAGACCAAAAGGGAGGAGGACGUUAAAGAAAAAGAGGUCGAAGACGGUAAAGAGUGUAAUGUUGAAAUCUUGGAAGUGAAAAGGAGGAAGACGGAAAAGACAAUUGGUCGAGUUAAAAGGCAGAGAUUUAAAUCUAUAAAUAAGUGCACUUACUCUGACUCACGUCAUCAUGAUCGUGCAACAAACAAGCAGAAUAUGAAUAUUCAGCAAAACUCAAAUAGUAGUAAGAAUUUUGAUCUGAUCUCAAAGCUUCCUCAAGAGUUGAUGCUUGCUAUCCUUAGUUUGGUUCCUCUUAAGUGUCUGCUUAACUCUGCAAGGCACGUAUCCAAACCUUGGGCUACUGCUAUUCAAGCCUGCCUACGUGGUAAACCACCUGGUAUUUAUAUUGAAAUUAUACAUACAACAAGGGCUUCUUAUUUCUUGAAUAUUCAAGACUAUGUCAAGGGACAUUCUGAAAGGAUUUAUUUGGGACUCUCUUUCAGAUUUGGAGAGAUAGUCGCCAUUUCUGAUGGCAUGUUUCUGCUUUGUGAUCGUUUUAGACUUACUUACGUCGUAAACCCCAUCAUUAAGUGCUGCUUUAGAAUUCCUCCUUUACCCUUUUCAAAACUACGGGCUGAAUUGCGAUCUACUAUAGCAUGUGUUCCCCGCACUGGCAAGUUCAAGGUGUUCUUAAUAGAUGACCAAAAUGUUUCAGGGGUCAAUUGGUAUGUUUUCAACGUCCUAAGAAUUGGAAUUGACAACACAUGGAAAGAGAUAGUUAGAAAAGAAGUUAAGUUGUUGAAUUACAAGGGUCUUUUAGCAUGGAAACCAGUUCAUAAUGGAGACAAUGAUAUUUAUUGGAUAACAGAGGAAGGAGUGAUUGUGAUGGAUGUUGACAAGGAAAUUAUUAUAAGAGAAUAUCCACUCCCCCCUCAACCAGUGUAUACUUUUCCACUUCCAGUUUAUUUAUGGACGGGAGAUUGUCUUUCUUUCAUUAUGGAUGAAAAAGACAGUAGAACAUAUCAAAUCUAUACUUUGGAUAUGGAUUCAGGAAAAUGGACUCUUUAUCAUGAGAUUAGACCUUUUCAUAAUACGGGUAUUUGCAGCCAUAAGCUUGGUUUUGAUUUUAAUAUAAUGGCAACGUCUCUGAUUUUUCGGUUUUGGAUCAACGACCAAAUCAUCUUUAUAGGAAUUUUUGUUCCAAAUCCAACAGGAUUCGUGACAAAUGUACACUUUUGUUACAAUAUCAAAACAAGACAAGUGGCAAAGAUUGAUUGCAUUCCUAUAGGCAAUUUGAAGGCAUGGCUUCAUACCCCAACUCUAACUCGUUGCUAAGUACUCCAAUGUAUGCCUAUGUAGAAGUAUUUAUAUUUAUAUUUGUCCUACUUGGCCAAAACAAUGAAAAAAUAAUGAGGAUCUACGUUCCUAUUUUAUUAUUA